AUGAAGAGCCCGGUACGCUUGGACUUGAGGGAAUGUGUGAAGCUCAAGAGGCUUCCAGCAGAAGUGGGUAAAUUACAAGCACCGAAGCAACUCAAUCUACGGUUUUCUGGAAUAGAAGAAUUACCAGAGAGCAUAGGGGAUCUGCAGAGUCUAGAAAUUCUGGAUAUUCAUUGCACUCGGAUAAAAGAAUUACCAAAGAGCAUAGGGGAUCUGCAGAAUCUAGAAAUUUUGGAUAUUAGUCGCACUCGGAUAAAAGAAUUACCCGAUGGCAUUGGAAGGCUGAAAAAGCUCCGAGAUUUAAAUGCUUCAAAUUGCUGGGAACUGGGAGGAGUAAUUCCAGAAGGCAUCUACAAUAUUUCUUCCCUACAACGCCUUAAUUUUGGUCAUGCUUGCAACCUCCAAUCGCUGUCGGCGCUUCCUUCCAGCCUAACAUUUUUGCAUGUCACCUGUCGAAGUCGCAGAUUGCCUUCACUUUCCAACCUGACCCAUCUCAAGGAGGUACGAAUUGAUGAUUGCGAAUUUCUAGAGUGCAUCCGGGAGCAACCAUCAACACAACCAGAAAGAUGCCUACACGCUCCCUUUGAAUUGGAAAUCUUUGCAAUCGGCAUUUGCAAGCUCAUGAAAACACCGCACGUUUUACAAUUUAACCAUAUGAGGACAUUAAGUGUCGAGGAGUGUGAAAAUAUACUUGAAAUUCGAGGUCUUGACGAAUUGCUUUAUUUGGAAAGAUUGUUCAUCUCAGCUUGUCCUUCAAUUGAGAGGCUGAACCUUCCAAAAUCCAAGGAUCUGAAGAUAUUCAAAGCUAUAGACUGCGAAAGCUUGGUAGAAAUUCAAGGCCUCAAUGUGUUGGAGUCCUUGAAAGAGAUAGAUAUCUCUUGGUGCGCUUCAAUUGAGAGGCUGAACCUUUCAAAAUCUAAGGGUCCGAAGAUAUUCCGAGCUACAAACCGCAAAAGCUUGGUUGAAAUUCAAGGCCUCGAUACGUUGGAGUCCUUGGAAGCGAUAUAUAUCUAUGAGUGCGCUUCAAUUGAGAGGCUGAACCUUUCAAAAUCCAAGGGUCCGAAGAUAGUCAAAGCUACGGACUGCGAAAGGUUGGUUGAAAUUCAAGGCCUCGAUACGUUGGAGUCCUUGGAAAAGAUAGAUAUCUCUGAGUGCACUUCAAUUGAGAGGCCGAACUUUUCAAAAUCCAAGGGUCCGGAGAUAUUCAAAGCUGGAUACUGCAAAAACUUGGUUGAAAUUCAAGGCCUCGAUACGUUGGAGUCCUUGAAAGAGAUAAAUAUCUAUAAGUGCGCUUCAAUUGAGAGGCUGAACUUUUCAAAAUCCAAGGGUUUGAAGAUAUUCAAAGCUGCAAACUGCAAAAGCUUGGUUGAAAUUCAAGGCCUCGAUACGUUGGAGUCCUUGAAAGAGAUAUAUAUCUAUGGGUGCGCUUCAGUUGAGAGGCUGAACCUUUCAAAAUCCAAGGGUCUGAAGAUAUUCAAAGCUGGAUACCGCAAAAACUUGGUUGAAAUUCAAGGCCUCGAUACGUUGGAGUCCUUGGAAAAUAUAGCUAUCUCUGAGUGUGCUUCAAUUGAGAGGCUAAACUUUUCAAAAUCUAAGGGUCUGAAGAUAUUCGAAGCUGGAGAAUGCAAAAGCUUGGUUGAAAUUCAAGGCCUUGAUACGUUGGAGUCCUUGAAAGAGACAAAUAUCUAUAUGUGCGCAUCAAUUGGGAGGCCGAACCUUCCAAAAUCCAUGGGUUCGACGAUGUUCAGAGCUACACGCUGCAAAAGGUUGGUUGAAAUUCAAUGCCUCAAUGCGUUGGAGUCAUUGAAAGAGCUAUAUAUCAAUGAGUGCGCUUCAAUUGAGAGGCUGAACCUUUCAUAA